AUGAGUAAUUCUGGAAGCUUGGGCUUAUCCAAAAAGGCCAAGACCACCGGCCUGGUCCUUGGAUUACGCGAAAGUGGGAGCUUCUUGAAGAACAUCAAGUUACUGAAGGGCAAGAGCCGAAAGAACUCCCAGGAUGCCGGUAAAAACAGGAACGAAGCUUGCGAAAUGAGUGGGAAUCAUGAAAUCAACCCACCUUCGAAUCUUGGAGCUGAGUGUGAAACUCAAUUGCUUCGUGUGAGCUCUACAGAAGAGUCCUCGCUUUCGGCAGACGAUAUCUUCGGAGAAAGAGACUGCAUUUCACCAGUGGUAAGAAAUGCCCCAGAGUCACAAACUGGAUCACCAUUUCAAACUACAUUCGGGUGUGACGCUACUCGCAAACCGUUUCUCAAACUUGGGCAACACAAUUCUUUGGCAGCGACAGCUUCCUCUGCAACACUAAGAAAAGAUGAUAACGGGCCACUAGUUCGUGGGAAACUGACCAGACAUCAACAACAUGGAGUUAAAAAAGAUCCAGUGAUGUCGAGUCAGAACUCAAGAGGCAAAUUAAGAAGAAUCCAUUCGAUGUUUGCAUCCCAAAAAGAAGUAUCACAGUCGUACGAUGAUCCAGAACCCAGGACUUUGGACCCUUCGGAGGACAAUGACUCGCCCAGACUACCCACAUUUGACUCCCAGCUGGAAAAUAGCGGGAUUUCUCAUUAUUACGAUGAUAAAUCUGACGACCAUUUUCCUCGCAUUGACGUAGAUACCUUGGUUGGUAUCAUGGAUGGACGUUUCAAUACACACUACGAUACCGUUCAUAUUGUUGAUUGCAGGUUUGAAUACGAAUACCAGGGUGGUCAUAUAGGACAAGCCAUCAACAUCAAUACCCGAGACGCUUUGGAAUCGCAUUUUUUUAGAGACACAAACCAAAUUGCAAAUCAUGAACAGCCCCCACUCAUGGUUUUCCACUGUGAGUUUAGUUCAUAUCGUGGCCCAAUAAUGGCAUCCCAUCUUAGAAACUGUGAUCGCAUGCUAAACCACGAAAACUACCCAAAGCUGCAUUAUCCAGAUAUUCUCAUCGUUAGAGGAGGAUACAAGUCCUUUUUUGACCGAUACAGCACUCGAUGCUACCCACGUUGUUACAUAGGCAUGGAUUCGCUGGAGCAUGUCGCAUUGUGCGAAAGCGAAAUGGAGAAGUUCCGCAAGGACCGCAAAAAGAUUGUCACUCGCGCAAAUUCCACUGAUUCGUUGAGUAAAGUCAAGUCGUCUUCGCAGCCAAUGUUGACCAGGCGAAAUGCUAGCACAAGGUUAAGCUGUCAGUCUACAAUUUCUGGCUUGGGAGGUAGAACAGAUCAUAAUUUUCCCUCCUACUACACUACCAGAAGCAGCCUGUCCUUCAAACACGAAGCACCACCAAAACUAUCUUUUUCAAAUUAUUGCAGCAGCUCUGAGAGUCGAAGCCCAAGCAGUGUCUGUAGCAGUAACGGGAGUACUGGAUUGCUCUCCCUGGAUGAACUACAAGAUGAUGCUGGAAGCACAGAUCUGGACAACAUUAGUUUUGAAGAGUCUGGUGUCCAUCCCCAGCAACAACGAGCUGACCCCGCAUUUCCUGUGACGAACGCGAAAAGAUCUCUAUUUGGCUCGAUUUUAAAGGAAGAAGAAGGAGAAGCGGCCUCUAUUCACAGCCCAUCAUUGCAUUAUUCAAGAAACUAG